AUGUCCUCACUUUGAGCAGCCUCUCAAACCUUAUCUCUCUCUCGCCUGCCACGAGACGAGGAAAACGUUGGCAUGUGAGCGCCACGCACGUACACCUCCGCCGUACCCAUGCAGCCUCCCGUCACGCCGCCGGCAGCCACCGGAGCAGCAGCAGCAGCAGCACCUUCUCCGCCACCAGCCAUCGUCUCCUCCCAGUCGUCACCAUCGCCAUUAUCAAUCCCAUCGGCAAAGACAGGGAGGCGGCAGCUGCUGCUGGUGUCAUCGGGCCUGCUCCUCGCCGCCGGCGCGCGUGCUGCGGUUGCUGGUGCAGGAGAGGAGGGAGGAGCUUUGGCAGUGUACAAUAAUGGCCCGCCGCCGCCGCCGCCGGUGGUGACGGAGGCGGAGCGCGCGGCGAGCGCGGCAGUGUCGCGGCGCGUGGGCGAGGCCGUGGGGCUGCUGGAGCUGGGGCGGGAGCUGCAGGCGCGCGGGGAGUUCCCGCAGGCGCUGGCGUCGUUCACGCGCGUGGUGCGGGAGUACGCGGACCUGGCGCUGUCGGAGUACGCGCGGGUGGGGCGGGCGCUGGUGCUGUACGAGAUCGGCGACCGCGACCAGUCCAUCGCCGAGAUGGAGGACGUCUCCAUCGCGCUCAAGGGAUACCCAGAGAUCCACGCGGCGCUGGCGGCGGCGCUGUACGCGGACAAGCACGCGGCGCUGCUGGCGGAGAACCAGUUCGCCAUCGCGACGCUGCUGGACCCGCACUACACGGACCUCGCCUACGUCAGGGACACCAAGCACUGGCCGCCCAGCCUCGUUGCAUCACUCCACCACUUCAUCACACUCUCCUAGUAGCUAUUACUUGUAUUGUAUAUAUACUUAGACUAUCUCCAACAAUCAUCACCCAAAAUACAAGACCCAUUUAUCCUUUGGGUAGCGCUACAGGUAAAAGAUUCCAUACCUAUUUUUAGUCUUCUCCAGCAACGAGACCUAAAAGAAAACACUCUCUGCAAAUGGGUCUCGAGGAGAGAGAAUACCCAAAUUUGGGUUAUGCCUCUCCUGAUACCUAAAAUGGGUUUUCUGUAUGGGUACUCUGUUGGAGGCUAUAGGUAUUGUGUUGGAGACCCAUUUUGGGUUUGAGUUCCCAAAUGGGUCUCCUAUUGGAGACAGCCUAUUGUAUAAUUUAGCUAUUAACCACGUAUAAGGUUCUCAUCAAUUAAUAUCUCUGAAGAAAAGUUAGAGCUCCUAGCAAGAACUUUCAGGUGUUCAAAGGGCUUCACCUAUUUGGGUCUGCCUCUUAGAAUCACCAGGCCAAGAGUUCAGCAGAAUUUUUUACCCUUGGUAAACAAAUGUGAGAGAAGGGUGGUGAGUGUUUUCUCAUUUCUGUCCAAGGCCGAGAGAUUGGAGAUCACAAAUGCAGCUUUUUCGUCUUUGUCAAA